AUGACGUGGACUAAAGAGUUGGAUGAGGCCGCAGUACUGGCCACAAAGACUGGCUAUUGGCAUGUGGUGCUCUUCUAUUUACUCUGUGGACUGGCGGCCAUACCUACUUCUUUCCUAGUAUUUUCUCAGGUCUUCACAAAUGCAACGCCAGAACAUUGGUGCGCUCCACCACCAGAACUGGAUCACCUAGGAUUACCAGAUCAACUCCUUCGUUCCCUAACAGUACCAGGAGAGCAGGGCACGUACGAGUCAUGCAUAGCAUACGAUAUAGACCGCAAGGAGUUACGUGAAGUGCUGAGGGAUUUCAUCGUUGAAAGAACAGUGACGACGAAGGAAGGCAAUGCUUUCCAUACACUGCAGAUUUAUCAGCUGGUGGAUGUUAGCGACGAGCGGCAGAAAGAAUUGAUGUCGAACGUCACAAGUGCGGUGCUCUCCGUCAGAAGAAACACUACGUCACCAUGUGCCAACGGCUGGCGGUUCAGCACGGAACAGUACCAGGAUACCCUCGUCACAGAUUUCUCCCUAGUCUGCGACAUGGACUGGCUUCCAAGAAUGUGCAACACUCUCUUCUGGGUCGGUUCCAUCUUUGGGAAUCUCUUCUUUGGAUGGAUGUCGGAUAGAUACGGCAGACGUCCCACAAUUCUUCUUAUGGUGUUCCUAGAAGUUCCUCUGGCGAUAGCGUCAUCAUUCGCUACGUCUUUCUGGACGUAUGUCGGCCUGAGAGUGGCGGGUGGUCUGUUCUUCCCAGCUCUGUAUCAGCUACCGUUCAUAUUGGCGUUGGAGUUGAUGCCGCCUGGACAGAGGAAUCAUACAGGUAUCGUGGUAGGCAUGCUGUUCGCCAGUGGCAUGUGUCUGCUGUCCCUCUUAGCGUAUGCUGUGCAGGACUGGUAUCACCUGUCUUUAGUCACCACAUUACCUUUUAUACUUCUUUACGGAUAUUAUUGGUUAAUACCAGAAUCUCCAAGAUGGCUAGUCGGCAGAGGCCGAAUAGCUGAAGCUGAGAAAGUCCUCAGGAAUCUCGCCAGGAAAAAUGGCAUUAUAUUAGAAAGAGGAUUUUUGUUAGAAUUACACAAAAAAAUUAAAGAGGAAGAAGAAGAAAUACAAGAAGAACUCGCAACCAUGUCCAACAUGAACGGGCAUAUCGCUGGGUACACAGAAGUACCAGAGAAAGACGAAGCUCUAGACAGAAGAAUAAGCAACAUGUUGACAUUCAAACCAGACCUCACAAGAAUAUCCGAAACAGAAGAAACAAACAAAAACAAUUUAGAAAAGAUAAUAGCACUAGAAGUAGCAGAAAUCGUGAAUAAGAAAUCAAGAUUAAAGAGAGAAGACAAAGAAGAAGAUAGAGAACAAAAUAUUACUGAAACUACAAAUCUGAAUACUGAACAUCAGCAGAAAGCGACACAGACUGAAUUUUCCAAAUCACCAGCGAGUACGUUAAGAAGAAAGUCUUUACAGUUAGUAAGUAAGAUAUUUAUACAAGAAGAUGUUGAGGAUGUAAUAGAGAACAAAAGAAUGGAUGAUCAGAACUCAGAAGGAGAUUGUAAAGCAUCUCCACUGGAUGUGUUCCGAUAUCCAAACAUACGGAAGAAAUUCUUCAUACUGACGUUUGAUUGGGUCGCGCUUGGAGUAGUGUAUAAUAGUAUGAGCUAUAAUACUCCUAAUUUGGGCGUUAAUGACUAUUUGGCGUUUUUCAUUGGUGGUGCCGUAGAAAUCCCAUCUUACUUCAUAGCGUGGCGUUGCAUGGAAAGGUUUGGCCGUCGCUGGGUGCUCUGCAUCUUCAUGUGCGUCGGAGGAGUCGCCUGCAUCAGCUGUGUUCUGGUGCCUGAAUCAUGGCCCUGGAUAACAGUAUCUCUCUCGAUGUUGGGACGUUUAUUCGCUGCGUCAUCAUUCGCUGUAUUCUACGUACUCAUUGGAGAGUUACUACCGACAGUAUUGAGAGCGCAGGCAAUGGGUGCUGCAUCAUUUAUAUCUGGAUUGGGAUUAUUAGCCUGCCCAUACAUUGUACACUUGGCUGUAUAUUCCAGAGCCUUGCCACUAACAAUAAUGGGCGUCCUAAGUGUGAUGGGAGGCAUCACCUCACUGUUUUUGCCAGAAACCUUGAACCAGCCACUCCCACAGACUCUGGGAGAUGGAGAGACUUUCGGAAGAGACUUCAAAAUAUUCAGCUGUGUAGAAAGACAGAGUGAAAAAUGA